CAUCGGACCCUCACCUACAGUUGAUCUUUAGCAGCUGCAGGGGUGACUUGAAGCCAGCGCUGCUCCACGAGGAUGAACUGAAGAGCCUACAAAUUUUCUCCCUCUACUUGACGCUAUCGCCAUGAGCACACACGAUGCUGAGCAAAUUAAGAAAGUAGUACAUGGAUUGUUUGAUGGAAAGGGCGACCCCACUAUCCUAGAUUACAUUUGCGGCGUCCUCGAAGAUGAGCACUUUGAGUUUGGCGAGCAAGGAGAAGAAGCUUAUGAUGCGAUAGGACCAUUUCUGAUUGACGGUCAUUGUGUCAAAAACGAUGACGAUGCACGCGAAGCUUGCCGCAUGCUGGCGGAGAAGCUGUCGUUGCGUGCGACUGCGUCGGUGCCGACGGUUCGCGCUUUGGAGACUGGUCCUGUGCAGCUCUCCAAAGCUGACAGUCGGGCGGUUCUGUACCAGGAGCAAUCCUAUCGCCAUCUUAUCCAGACUCCCUUUGGCGAUGAGGGUAAGGCCGCCCCCAUGAGCGAGAAGGACCGGGCGAAGUUUGAGAAGCGGGCGGCUAAGGAGGAGGAGGCGGUGCGCAAGGUUCUUGCGGCUCACCAAGCCCGCGCAGCCCACUCCCUCCAGGGUGACAUUCCCACCAUCAUUCGCAACAAGGGCGGCGGCGGCCUUCGCGACGUGAUGCUGGAGUCCUUCAGCCUGAGCAACGGCGGCAAGGAGCUGGUGACGGACGCCACCGUGAUGCUGGCGUUCGGGCGGAGAUACGGCCUCAUCGGCAGGAACGGAACGGGCAAGACGACACUGCUGCGAGCGCUUGCGGGACAUGAUAUCAAGGGGAUACCCAGCAACUGCCAGGUGCUUCACGUGGAGCAGGAGGUGGUGGGCGACGACACGCCCGUCAUAGAGGCGGUGCUGGCUUGCGACACGGAGCGAACCGAGCUGCUGAAGGAGGAGGCGGAGCUGAUGAAAGCGCUCAACCGCGAUCGCAAAGACGUGGCAGCAUCCGCAGCUGCUGCGGCAGCAGCAACGGCAGGUGCCAAGGACGCAGCAACGACCGCCAACGGUAGCGGCGGCGAUGCGUCGGAAACCGCCAUGGCGGCUCGGCUGGUGGCGGUGUACCAGCGGCUGCAGGAGAUUGACGCGGAUGGUGCCGAGGCCCGCGCCGCCUCCAUCCUGGCCGGCCUCUCCUUCGACGCCGACAUGAUGCGGCGGCCCACGCGCACCUUCAGCGGCGGCUGGCGCAUGCGCGUGGCGCUGGCUCGGGCGCUGUUCGUGGAGCCCGACCUGCUGCUGCUGGAUGAGCCCACAAACCAUCUGGACCUGCAUGCGGUGUUGUGGCUGGAGGACUACCUGGUCAAGUGGCCCAAGACGCUGCUGGUGGUGUCACACGCGCGCGAGUUCCUCAACGUGGUGGCCACCGACAUCCUGCACCUGCACUCGCAGAAGAUCAUCACAUACAAGGGCAACUACAGUGUGUUUGAGAAGACCAUGACGGAGCGGCUGCGUAACGCCCGCAAGGCGGCGGAGGCGCAGGACGCCAAGCGCAAGCACGUGCAGCAGUUCAUCGACCGCUUCAGGUACAACGCCAACCGCGCCGCACUGGUGCAGUCGCGCAUCAAGGCGCUGGAGCGGAUGGCGGAGGUGGAGGUGAUGGAGGAGGACCCCGAGUACGUGUUCAGCUUCCCCGAGCCCGAGGGCGCUGCGGCACCGCCCAUCAUUGGCUUCAACGACGUGUCCUUCGGCUACCCGGGCGGCCCCUUGCUGUUCAAGAACCUGAACUUCGGGUUGGAUCUGGAGAGCCGCUUCGCCAUUGUGGGCCCCAACGGCAUCGGCAAGUCCACGCUGCUCAACCUCAUCUCGGGCAAGCUACAACCGACCCAGGGGUCAAUCACGAGGAACACAAGGGUGCGUCUGGCCACCUUCAGCCAGCACCACGUGGACGGACUGGACCUGGCGCUCACACCGCUGCAGGUGAUGGCUCGCACCUUCCCCGACGCCAAGGAGCCUGAGCUGCGAGGGCACCUGUCCAGCUUCGGAGUGCCCGCAACGCUGGCAGGUCAGGCCAUGUACACGCUGUCUGGAGGGCAGAAGAGCCGCGUGGCGUUCGCCAAGAUGACCUUCACAAAGCCGCACAUCCUGCUGCUGGAUGAGCCCAGCAACCAUCUGGACAUUGACGCAGUCAACGCGCUCAUCCAGGGCCUUGCCACCUUCAAGGGCGGCGUGCUCAUGGUGUCGCACGACCAGUUCCUGAUCGAGAGCACGGUGGACGAGCUGUGGAUGUGCGAGGAGGGCCACGUGACGCCCUUCCACGGCACCUUUGACGAGUACAAGCAGCGCCUGCGGGCCCGCAACAAGAUGUAGAUGUCGAGUGGGGGUCGCGGGAUCCGGGAACUCUUUACGCUCCAUGGGAAGGAGCCUCGCGCAGUGCACUGCUCCGGAAGUGAGCCUACAGGAGGAGGGCGCCGGCUAUCCGCAUGAGCGGCCGGGUCCGUUGGGCUGCCGGGUCCGGAUGAGAUGAGAACGGCGUUAGCAUUGCUUCUGUGGAAGCGGUCGGUUUGAGCCUCAUGAGGUAUGCUCUCGAACGCGGGGGGAUUUCACACCAUAACAGCGCAGGUGUCAGUUGAUGAGUAGGAGGUUCAGGGUUGGGGGGUUAAGGAACGGGAGAGGCUCUAUCGCUCGGUAUAAGAGGAGUAGUGAGCAAGCAUGGCAUGGCGCGGCUUGGCCUGAUUUACGGGUUGCUAGCUUGUAGCGACCUGUCGCAAUCACGUACCGGUACGACCGGGACCAGGACGGUCUUGCGCGCAAGCGGGAAGGUGUCAAAAGCCUGCCUAGACGAGGAGCCGUGACUAGCUUAGUAAUCUUGCGCUGUGCACGCGGGCACAGCGCCACACUUGACACAGAGGGCUAGGCUUGAUUGUCGCUUUCAGUGAUCGGAAGCAGCAGCCUGUGAUGGUUCACUAACGCCAACUCUGUAGUCUGUUUCGCUACUAGGGCGUCUUCGUAUCUCAGGUUGUCUGUGCGCAUGCCGAUUGUCGAAAAUGCUUUGGGUGUUCCUAACUAGCAACGGUGGGCAACCCCCCUUACUGUCCUGGAGAGGCACAUGGCUGGCCAAAUCAGGUAAGGUGGUGCUGUCACCGUCGGGCACCACAAGCUUGUAACACAGCUUACAAUGGACUGACGCGCU